AUGGCAGCAUCUAUAUACACAAGUCAGCCUGGUGCUCACUACGGUUACCCUCAGCCUCCGCCUUCGCCUCCGAUAGACGAGGCCUCAAAAUGCUCGCUUCCCUCUAUCUCGAACCUGUUGGUGGUGGCCGAUGCUGGAUCCCCGACAACGGAGAGCUCUCCAGUUUCUCUACAGCAGUCACAGCAAGCUUCCUCGAUCAAGUCUGAGACACGGCCCAACUCAUCUCACUACGGCAACAAUGCCUCAUCAAGAGCAGCCAUGCCGCCAACCCCUCCCAUGAGCACCGAUGCCUCGUUCGAGGGCCACGCAUCGCCUUCGACCAGAUCAGUCAGCCAAGUGUCUGUAGUUUCUGCACCAAACUACUACUACGAGUCUACGCCGCCCUUGGAGACAGAGAUCCAACGCCACCAAAUGACGGCUGCCACUAUCCCUCGAGUACCUGUUCAAGCCCCAGCAUACUCUCACCAGCCAUAUGCAGCUCCAUCUUACAUGAGCCAGCCCUCUUUGGCCUACUACCAGCCAGCACCCUCGGCUCAGCCUCAAAUAUCUGGACUCUACUACCAGAGACCCUUGCCUCAGCAGGCCUUCCCCCCUAUGGCUGUCUCUGUGCCUCUACCACCUGCUUCUGGACCUAACCCAUGGCAACACCACCACUACAUCUCGCCUUCCUCGGCAGCAUCCUUCCCUCAGUCCCAGGAUCGCUACAUUUGCCAGACCUGCAACAAGGCCUUCUCGCGUCCUAGCUCGCUCCGCAUCCACAGCCACUCUCACACCGGAGAGAAGCCGUUCAAGUGCCCUCAUUCUGGUUGCGGAAAGGCCUUUAGCGUCAGGAGCAACAUGAAGAGACACGAGCGUGGAUGCCACAACUUCGAGGCUAGCAGCUCGGGCAUGCGAUAA